AAGUUAAUAUAUCGAAUUGUUAUGAGAUAUCAAUGGCUACAAAUUAUACUUACAACUGUUGCGUCUGUAAGGAGAAAAUGGUUAAACACGACUUUUACCAAAGAGCGACACGGACCCAUAUACGUAUCCACGGAGUUGCAUUAGUUUACCCAAACCGUAAAAUAAUUAAAUUAAAUUCAAAACUAAUCAUUUAGAUAUUACAAGGUUGAAUUAAAUUCGUUUCAUUCCUACGUAGUUUAAAUAUCAUGAUCUUUUAAAUUUUCUCCAGAUCAAAUGUAUUUUGGAUAACGAUUAUUUGGCUGCUGGGUGCCACUACUCUCGAAUUUCAGGUUUAAAAAUGUCUGAAAAGAUGGGAUGGGACCGACCAGUAUUAACGAAGCUUGAAACUGCAGACGAAUUGUUUUCCCUCUUCUCCGACGAAGAAAAACUGAAAAAUUUCCUUUACAUGGAUCCCCAGUCAGCUGUUAAAAGAGAGAAUCAGAUGAAAGAUGAUGAAUUUUCUUUAGAUAUUCCUUACGAGGAAAUAAAGAAAGUCGUUGAGAAUGAGAGGGAUAGAUUUCUGCAGUGUUUAAAGGAACACGACAAGUCACAAGUGCAAUGGGAACAUGUUGGAUCUACUUCUAUUAAGGGAAUGCCAGGAACACUGGUUCCAGAUGCUCUCUUGAUAGUUCCUGAGUUCCCACCGAGCAGGAAUAUUAUUCAGGCGUUCCUAGACUUAGGAUUCUAUUUCGGGCGAGCAUCUCUCCUUGACUCUAAAGAUUUGUGGUUCUUCAGAUAUCUAAGAGAAGGGUUUCUCAAGAGUACUUGCAGGGAUCUGUGCAGAACUGAGAAAUGGGCUUUUGAAGAUUAUGCUGGAGCUAAAAUAGCUGCUUACAAGAAUGCUUCAACACUUCUAGAUUAUAAGAAGGGGAAAGGAGAGAACAGCAAGCUUCUCCAGAUGCUCAGAGAGAAAUAUAAUGAUAAUUAAACUGUUUAAAAGGAGUGACCGGCUAGAUAAUAUAUUUGAACAGAGAGUGCCAUAUAAUGUAGAAUAAUUUCUGGAUUUAUUUGAUACCAUUAGACGUUUUCCAAGGUGUAUAAUUUCCAAGUAAGACCGUAAAUUUGUUUGUAAAAUUUCACCAGAAGGAACAGUCCGCAGAAGGAAUGUUUUUUUUUACAAUUAUUUAUUAACCUGGACAAAAGUGUAAUUUGUGGUUUAGGAAUAUAAAUAUGUGAAGAAAUCAAUUAUUUCUUUAUCAUCAUCCAUCAUAUUCAAUUUUUCAUUCUUCAAAAAUGUGGUAGCAGUUUCUUUAAAGUCUUCAAAUAUGUCGUCUUUUCAAACAAAAAGAUUCAGGAAACCUAUGGAAAACGUUUGUGAUCAAUCAAACAUAUUCCAGAAACAGAUAACUGAAUUACUUAUAUAUAAUACUAAUAAUACUAAUAAUAAUAUACUUUAUUUCUCAACCUGUUCCUAAACAACGAAUUACCUAAUGCUAGCCUUUCCCUAUUAAAAACAUAGUAUUUUGUUUCUAAUAUCCAACUAACCUCCCUUAUGCAAAUAAAAAAUUUAAACUUUA